CACCAGAAUUAUUCAGAUGGUGAGCGGACUCGCCUGAUUACGCAGAGCUCCCACCAUGGCCGGACUCCAAAGGUAAUACUCGAUAAGUCCCACCUAAUUUACCCGGCCAAAUCAGCGGAAAUCCUUUACCAUUUGCACAGGGACACAAAGCACUUGCAGAGAAAAGCUGUUCCAAAUAGCGACUGCUUCAGCAUUAUGAAUUCUCGUCAUAAAAGACAAAGUUCCCAAGAUUUUGCGAGUACAGAAUAUAAUGCCACUCACAAGAGAAGGGACAGAAUAUCAAUUCAGCAGAACUUCUCUGAUUUCAACUCCUACCCCACUACUCUACGUGAAUUGGCUUCUUAUCGAGGGCCGCCCGCUCGAACCUUUCCCAUAGAGGCUGAUGCUACCGAAAAAACAAUGAGUCUGGAUGAAUACCUACACGGAAGUCGGCUUACAUUUUGGGAUUAUCUAGAUCUUCGUUAUGAGAAUAGUCUGAGAGAUAUCAAACAGUGGUCGCUGAGGUCCGGGCGUUGAUCGGCGGAAUGUACAUGUCGCUCCUCAGGAUCAAGUACGCUUAUUGUCUUUAAUAUGGGAUACAAUUUGUGAAUAUGUAUGUGGAGCUCUCU